AAGGGGGCGGGCCCCGAAGUUGUUCCGCGCUGGGCGGGCGGGCGGCUGUAGGAGAGCGGGCGGCGGGCCGGCGGGCGGACCGGGCCGGGGCUGGAGAAGUUUGCGCUGCGGUUCGUGAGCGCAGGGUGCGGGCCCCGCCGGCCGCUGCGCGCCCGCUGCCAUGGCUUUCCGCAGGAGGACGAAAAGUUAUCCGCUCUUCAGCCAGGAGUUCGUCAUCCACAACCAUGCGGACAUCGGCUUCUGCCUGGUGCUCUGCGUCCUCAUCGGGCUUAUGUUCGAGGUCACAGCCAAGACUGCCUUUCUAUUUAUUUUACCUCAGUAUAACAUUAGCGUGCCUACAGCAGACAGUGAGACCGUGCACUACCACUAUGGCCCUAAGGACCUGGUCACAGUCUUGUUCUACAUCUUCAUCACCAUCAUCUUGCACGCUGUGGUUCAGGAGUACAUUUUAGAUAAAAUCAGCAAACGGCUUCAUCUCUCCAAGGUCAAACACAGCAAGUUCAAUGAAUCUGGACAGCUGGUCGUCUUUCAUUUCACCUCGGUGAUUUGGUGCUUCUACGUGGUGGUGACGGAAGGAUACUUAACAAACCCAAGAAGCCUCUGGGAAGACUACCCGCAUGUGCACCUCCCCUUCCAGGUGAAGUUUUUCUACCUAUGCCAGCUGGCCUACUGGCUGCACGCACUUCCUGAGCUAUACUUCCAGAAGGUACGGAAGGAGGAAAUUCCCCGCCAGCUCCAGUAUAUUUGCCUGUACCUGGUGCAUAUUGCUGGAGCAUACCUCUUAAACCUGAGCCGCCUGGGCCUGAUCUUGCUGCUGCUGCAGUACUCAACUGAGUUCCUCUUCCACACGGCUCGACUCUUCUACUUUGCAGAUGAAAACAACGAGAAACUGUUCAGUGCCUGGGCUGCUGUUUUUGGGGUCACCCGCCUCUUCAUCCUCACCCUUGCCGUGCUGGCCAUUGGCUUUGGACUGGCUCGCAUGGAAAACCAGGCAUUUGAUCCCGAGAAAGGGAACUUCAACACUUUGUUUUGCAGGCUCUGCGUGCUGCUGCUGGUGUGUGCCGCCCAGGCCUGGCUCAUGUGGCGCUUCAUCCACUCCCAGCUGCGGCACUGGCGGGAAUACUGGAAUGAGCAGAGUGCAAAGCGGAGAGUCCCAGCUACACCCAGACUACCAGCCAGGCUCAUCAAGAGGGAAUCUGGUUACCAUGAAAAUGGAGUGGUGAAGGCAGAGAACGGAACCUCCCCACGGACUAAGAAACUCAAGUCUCCCUAAGGCCAAAGUGCUAAGAACAGGAAUCCUCUUGGUGGGGGCCCAGCAGGGGGCGAGGAGCCCAGGCCCCCUCCCUGCCUCCUCCUUCCUGCCUGUGAUGCUCCGUCUCAAACAGCCGAAACCUGUCUUUCAAUGGGGGGGAGGGGGCGUUUCGCUUUUCUUCUUCUUGGCUUUCUUUUAUUCUUCCACAAACCAUUCUCAAUAAAGCCAAAAAUCUUUCUCUUUCUCCCCCUCAGGCCACCUCCUGUCCUCACUCCUGUCCUGUGCUGGCUUUUCCAGAAUGCCAGGCGCCCAUGGCUGGCACCUUUUUGCUUGCUCUGUCUCUUGCCUCAUGGCUGCUGCUUUUCCGUUUUACUUCCUAAUUUCACCUUAUCUUGCAAUUUUUCUGUCUGAUUUUUACAAUGGGAGGGGAGCUAAGAUUGCAGUCCUGUCCUUCGGUCCCCCAGGGCCUGCUGGUCAGAAGCCUGGGGCUGGUAGCAGGCCCUUGGUGGUCCUCAUGUGGAUGGGCAAGAAGAGAGAGCGACCCUCUCGGAUCAUAAUCUCCUUGGUGCCGAUUAACUGACGAGAUAUAUGAUUCCAGUCCUGCAUGUACCAUCUUGAGGCACAGCAGCCACUGCUCGUUGUAAAUGCCAAGGCAUUUGGCUUUGGGACGUGACAACUCAGUCCAGAAGGAUGGUGUGAACUCGGUUGGGUCCCGUGACUCAAGCUCCUACCAGUGGCUGGCCACGGAUUGGAAGCCAGCCUGUUGUCGCUCUGUGGGGGAGACACGUCUUCCCACUGCUUAGAGCAAGAGCAGAGCAAACUGCGCAGCAGGUGCCUCCAGAAAGGUAAUGGUGGCAGAACCCACAGUGGAGUCGACCUAGGCCUUUCUCCAGCAGUCCCGGUUGCCAUUGCCUUUUCAGCCAUUCACAAGCUUUCAAAACCAAACCAAACAGCAGUUCAUAAACCUGCCUGAGAUAGGCUGGUCCUCACCUCCAGAGCCAGCCAGCCCCGUCAGGGGCCAAACUUACUACCUUGACUUCAUCUCUAGCUGCAGAAACACUAAGCCUCAAGGGCUUCAGCCCCAUGCCGGUCCCUUGGUGUCCAGGGAGGGUCACUUGGACCACUGUUCAUCUGGCCGCCCUCGUUGAGUGUUCUUUGGAAUUGUCGUUUUUUGAGCACAACUACGGCAUUUUAGACUGCAUGAAACCAUGACUGACUGAGAGUCACUCUCUGGGUAGAUGAUAGGCGCCUUUCUGGCCCCUUCCCUCACAGAUUCUUUCCCCUCCCCUCCACCUGAAGACAAGGCCUCCAAGUCCUUAUGGUGCCUUGUGAGGACUUUUAGAAGGGGCGUUCAGCUUUAAAAAGGUCCUAAUUACGGCCGGACACAGUAGCUUACGCCUGUUAUCCCAGCACUUUGGGAGGCUGAGGUGGGCAGAUCACCUGAGGUUAGGAGUUCAAGACCAGCCUGGCCAACAUGGUGAAACCCCAUCUCUGCUAAAAAUACAAAAAAUUAGGCGUAGUGGCAGGCACCUGUAAUCCCAGCUACUCGGGGGGCUGAGGCAGGAGAAUCGCUUGAACCUAGAAGGUGGAGGUUGCAGUGAGCGGAGAUUGUACCAUGGCACUCCAGCCUGGGCAACAAGAGCGAAAUUCUGUCUAAAAAAAAAAACAAAAAAAAGUCCUAAUUAAGAACCUCCGAACUCUGUUUUGAGGCAAAGGGGAGUAGUUCUUGGUAGGUGCAGGAAUAGUAGUGUCAUUUGGAGUACUGGUCAUCUUUCUGUCAUCACAGUAGAAACCAAAACUUGGAUUUAGAUUCAAAAAGGGGGAAAUGGGUCUUUUCAUCAAGGCAACUCCCCUUCUCCAAGUCACUUACAUCAUAGAUAAAUUUUAGCUUCCCAGUAACUGAGGGAUUUGUUUCCUAACGCCAUUGAAGGCCUUCAUCCCUCUGUACGAUAAGGUUGCAGAAAUGGGAAGAGCUGCCCGUGGUUGCUUUUGAUUACCCUUAGGAAGUGAGACAGUGUUUUUGAAAAUAUAUAUUUCUCCCAUUUCUCCCUCUCCUUCCCUGACACUUCUCUGGGCUGCACAGCAGAAACUGUGGUAAAAAGGCAGUUUGGUUUCAACACAGCAGACCUGAUACGGGAUCCCUUAGCCACUUCAGUCAAACAGCCCUGAAAGAGGCUGUAAUUGAGUUCAGGCCCCCCACCUUGCCUAAUAACUGCAAAUGGCGUGUUCAGCCAGCAGCCUCCUAAGCCCACCUUCCUCCCUCAUUAUAGAACACCCAUUCUGGGUGCUUUCCAGGGUGUGUCAUUGGCAGGGCUUUACAUGCAGGAGGCCUCUCAGGUGGGCCCAGGUUAAACUGUUGAGUUGUGGCUUCAACAGAUAUGUAUGGCAUGCUGGGAUGUGCCAGGUGCCUGCGUUGUGCCAGAUGCUGGAGAGGUAGUGGUGAGCAGAGCAGCUGAAAUCUUGCCAUCAAGCAACCCUCAUUCUCAUGCCUGUAGGUUUCCAUUGGUCUGUCCCAGGACACUUGGAUGCCAGAGACGCCACAACUUGAUGUCCCUGUCUCUUGCAAGCUCCCUGUGCUGCCAGUACAUCAUGCCUUGGAUAUGGUCCCACCAGCCCAGUGGCUGGGGUCAACUUAGGCUCUGCUUCCCAGUGGACAGGGGUGUGCUAAGGGUUUAUUUUAUGUAAAAAAAAAAAAAAAAAAAAAAAAAAAACUGAGACCAUGAGUGGGGCUGGCAUCUUGCCAGCCUGGGCUUCAGGGAUGUUUGGGGUGGGGGUGGUUAGAGGGUAGCUGUAGGGUACUUUGUCACCCCCUUCCCUCCGCCACCCUCCCUGGCACGUUUAUUUCACAGCAGAGCCAAGUCUUUGGCAGGUUGACACAGACUGUUGCCAGAGCUGAAAUAAUUCCACUUCAUCCUAUGAGCGUGUUGGGCUAGCUUGUUCUAAUUUUGGCCACUUUGGCUGUUUUCUUCAGUUUUAUGCAUUCUCUCCUGCCCCAAAGUGCCAAGCCAUUUGUGAAGGCUCUGCCAGACACCUCCAAGCUUGAGAGCUCAGCACCAUCCACCAAGAGCAGGAGAAAAGACAUAACCUACCUCAGCAACUGUGGUCUCUUGACAGCCCUGGCUAACUAACAUUUGUGGGGAAGCCAACAGACACAGUAGGAGGAGAGGGAGGUGGCGCCGGUGGACCAAGGAUCCGUGCUACCUGCUCCCCUCCUUGGAGGUGCAGUGAUGAUGGGAGUUAUUUUUACCAUCCGGGUGCUGAUAGCUGCACUAUUAAUAAAUUGCAUGUGCUCCUUUUGAAGGUAGGGGAUGGUUCUGGGCAAGAGGGGAGCAGGCUGAGCCACGGGGGGAGCUGCUGUCCUCCCUUUCGAGUCAGUUCUAAUCCUAUGUGUGUCUGGGCCACCAGACCAAAAUGGUUGCUGAGAAACUUGUCUGUUCAUGUCCCAAGGCCUAACUUCCCAACAUUUAAGAAACCCCAAUAGACACCUCUGCCCUGGCCACGUUCACAGAUCCUUCUCUUGACCGGAAACCCUGGGACCCUAAGAACCCCUGAAGCUUGGGCUGGGUGUGUGCUUCUGGGGUCUCUUUUGGGACCUCGUUUGUCAGUACCCCUUCUUUUUUCUAAGCAGCUAAUAUGAGGUUGGGUGAAAGAGUGCAUCUCAUCCCAGGAUUCCACAACAAAAUUCUUAUCUUCCAUGGAUGCUUUAAUUGGAAGUGGGUUGCCGACCCCCUUGUGCCUAGAAAAGGCCUUGGCUUGGGUUUCCUUUGUAUGCUUCAGCCUUCCUCGUUGGUUUUUUCUAGUCCUGGUGUGAGAGGUAGGGAAGUCUGCACGUAACUAAUUCUUCUGCCUAAGGGCCUAUGGCACAAGUGCACAAACUUCAAUUCUUGAUGUUCUAAGCCCUCUCCUCUAACAGAGGGAGUGCUGAAAGCUUUUGAGUCAAGACAGUGGAGUGCUCUUCCUCCCUCGCUCUGCCUUCCGAGCUUAUGGUUCCUUUUCUCAGGAGAGGACUUUAGGGAUUAUUGGAGGAUUAGGUCAUUGUCAGAUGACUGGAAAACCUAAAUAGGAUCCCUCUCCCGCCCAAGGUUGUCCCAGUGAGGAAGACUACCAACUUCUCUCUCUACCCCGCUACUUGCAUGAGUGUUAGCUCCACCUUGCAAAGGCUGAAGACCAGUUCUCCCCAGUGAAAGCUGCCUCAUUCUUUUAUGGAGUUCCCUGAACUGGCAGAGCUAUAAAGACGAGCAUUGGGAUUUGCAGUCUCCAUGUAGCCUUUUGUGCUUGGCAACCCCUGUAGACUUUUUGUCCCAAGCAGAUUGCGCGCGUGCCCGUGUGUGUGUGAGAAUAAGUGCCUUACUUUGCUGUGUGGUUUUCACUUGUACUCCGUGGCCAGCCCCCAGCUGCCAGGGCUCGACGGCAGCCAAGGACACCAUACCUCAGUACAGUUACCUAUAAAAGGGACACGGAUUGUGACAGUUUCGCCCCAUUUGUUCCUAACCCCGCUGCCCAGCAUUAGAGUCUGUGGUGUGUUCUGUUUUGUUUUUGGUUUCUCCCUUGUGUCAGUUCUUUUCUGGCCCAGCUGGGUGGCUGUGGAAGUCUGUGAGGUGGCCCAACCACAAGCAUACCUAUUAAGGGAAGCCCAGAGCUUCCAGCCCCCACUUCGAAAACUCUCCUCUGGCCCCACAUAGCAAGCUCUGCUUCUCCAUUAUUUUCCCCACCCCCAGAUUUUUUUUUUUUAAAAGGCCCACUUGCCGUAACCUCUUUUGGUCUAUUUUGCUUCCCAUUCAGCCCAAAGUUUAUAUGAUAAAGGUGUUUACGUUUACUUCCCAGUCUCCAGUUCAAGUGCUAACACGUACAUGUCUGACUGUUGCAGAACUGCUCCAGCUCCUAAUUCAGUGUUACCUUGUUUUAGCCGCAGCAACCCUCUCCCCUGCCCCUUGCCUGCCCACGUUUUUCUCACUCUUCCGGGUUGUGCAAUAACUCUCCCAGCCAGUGGUCCUUUCCACAGCCUUUCUGUCCCUUAAAACACCUGCAACUGGGGGAGAAAUGGGACCCAUGGGAGGGGUAGUCAUCAUCCCUUAGACAAGAAAUAGCCACUUUCCUUUUGUUGUUGUCAUUCUCGUGAUCCUGGGUGGGUUUCUGUGGCACUCUUUUAGAACAUGUAGCAUCAUCUUAGAGGUCUAUUUUUAAAAAAUCUGUUGAAGAGGAAAAAACCAUUCUCAUGAUGGGGCUUAAGUCACUGUCCAGGAAUAAGAUUGGUGUGGUGCCCAUGACAUCACCGUCACUCUGCCUAAAAGCAUUCUAGAGCUUCUUCACGUGGAGAGGAAGGAUAUUUUGCCAAGCAACAGCCGCAGGUGGAUAGCCCUGUUCACCUGAUAGGCUCUAGCUGUGAUAGUAAAUAUAAUACCACCGUUUCCUUGGGUACAGAUUUGAGUGUUCAUGUGAUGAGACUGUAAACCUCAUUUUUUAGUUCCUCUGUUUAAAAAAACAUCUGAAGGAUGAACUAAGGCUGCUGGUGCCCUGAGCAACUGAUAAUGCAAAUGUGGACAGAUUGUCUGUUUUCUACUCUAGCCUGUUCAUAUGGACCAAAUUUCAACAAGGAACUCAAGGAAAAUGUGUACCUGCCGUAUUUAUGCUUUCAUGUAAAAGGGUUGGGGGGAGGGGUGUCUUUUUACUUUUGGUGAACUUUUUUUCAAAAUCAUUUUUCCACUGUUUCUGUCUGGUUUUAAAACAAAUUACAGUUUUGUAUGGAUUUUUUAAAUGUACAUUUUGGAACAAAUGAUCAAAUAUUUUCCAAAAUAACAAUAAAAGGCAGAAAAUUA